AUGGCCAAUAAUCCCACAUUUCUGGUUGGAGUCGAUGUCGGAACGGGCAGUGCACGAGCCGCUCUAGUUACCAGCAAAGGUGUAGUGCUGGAAACAUGCGUAAAACCCAUCCGAACGUGGAACACUCAGCCCAAUUAUUACGAGCAAUCGUCGGAAGAUAUUUGGUCAGCGGUUUGCGAGUGUGUCAAGAAUGUCACCACCGGUUAUGCAAAGAAGGACAUUAAAGGCAUCGGGUUCGAUGCAACCUGUUCGCUCGUUGUGCUGGAUGGUGAAAUGCAACCCUUGACGGUUAGCCCAUCGUCCAAGGACAACCAGCGUAACGUUAUUCUCUGGAUGGAUCACCGCGCAGAGGAGGAAGCACGCAACAUAAACGCAACGCAUCAUGAAAUGCUCAACUAUGUCGGUGGUAGCAUCUCUCUCGAAAUGGAAGUUCCAAAGCUGUUGUGGCUUAAACGACACAUGUACAGCGAGACGUGGACCAAGGUUGGCGCAUUUUACGAUCUGCCCGACUACUUAACGUUCCGUGCAACCGGUGUCGACCAUCGAUCGAUUUGUUCGGCAGUCUGUAAAUGGAACUACGACGCGGAGAACCGACGUUGGUCGGAAGACUUCCUUCGAUCGAUCGAUUUGCACGAAGAUUUGCGGGUUGAUAAUUGGCGACGCAUCGGCACGCAAAUAUUAACUCCAGGAACAUCGAUCGAUGGCGGACUUUCGCGAAAAGCCGCACAAGAACUUGGCCUGGAGCCUAGCACGGCUGUUGCUAGUUCGAUGAUUGAUGCUCAUGCUGGAGCACUGGCACUGCUAGGAUGUCAAGGGCCUGGUGGUGCGGGUGGUGAAAGUAAACUAACCACUAAACUGGCUAUUAUAUGCGGAACAUCAUCUUGUCACAUGAGUCUGACCAAGAAGCCAGUACUGGCUCCAGGAAUAUGGGGUCCAUACAAGCAUGCCAUCAUACCGGAUCUGUAUCUAAAUGAGGCAGGACAGAGUGCUACGGGCGUGCUGAUCGAUUACAUGCUUCAAACACAUCCCUGUUACGAUCAGUUACUGAAAGAGCAUGGUUCUAACGGAAAGAUUUAUGCCUUCCUCAAUGCGUUCCUGGAUGAGUUGGCUACGACGCAGGGUGAGAAUUAUCUUCACCGAUUAACGAUAGAUCUGCACAUUUGGCCAGAUUACCACGGCAAUCGAUCUCCUUUGGCCGAUCCCAAUUUGAAGGGCAUGAUUUCCGGUCUGACAAUGACAAAUGACGUUCAAAACCUUGCAUUGUUGUAUCUAGCGCUCAUGCAAGCGUUGGCAUAUGGCACGCGCCACAUAUUGCAGGUUCUGGAAUCUUCAGGACGUGAGGCAAUCACGUCGAUAUUGUUGUGUGGCGGUUUAAGCAAAAAUGCACUUUUUGUUCAAACACAUGCUGACAUUUGUUCCGUGCCGGUUCUGCUUCCCAGCGAACCUGAAGCAGUGCUCCUUGGGUCCGCCAUGAUGGGGGCUUAUGCGGCUGGGCUUUACGAUAGUUUGGAGUCGGCUGCAACAGGUAUGGGUGGUAGUGCAACCGUUGUAAAGCCCAAUUUGAGCGACAGCAACCGUGAUUAUCACGAGCGAAAGUAUCGUGUGUUCCAGCGGAUGUACCUUGACCAGCGUGGCUACGAACGUAUCAUGAAAGGUUAA